CCCGGAGCUGCGGAGCCGGCAGCCCCUGUCGCCGAGCACACGCCACGUCGGGUCCUCGCGGGGAAGCCCGCAGCGAGCGCAGGUGCCCAGACACCAUGCCAGAAUCCUGUACACCUGACCCUGGGAAGAAGUAGAAGACUUCCUUGUCUCCUCCAUCGCUCAUCCUCACCAUGUCUUCGACUCAGGGCAAUGGGGAGCACUGGAAGUCCUUGGAGUCGGUGGGCAUCAGCCGCAAAGAGCUGGCCAUGGCCGAAGCCCUGCAGAUGGAGUACGACGCGCUGUCCCGGCUGCGGCACGACAAGGAGGAGAGCAGAGCCAAGCAGAACACGGACCCCUCGCUCAUCAGCUGGGAUGAGCCCGUCCUAGACUUCUACAGCAAGCCGGCAGGAAGGCAGAAGGACCUCAGGCUCUUCCGCGGUCUUUCUGGCUCUGAUCCUACCCUCAAUUACAACUCACUCUCCCCACAGGAAGGGUUAUCCAACCACUCUACCUCCCAGGGCUCCCAGCCUGGCCCGGAUCCCUGGCCCAAAGGCUCUUUGGCUCGAGACUAUCUGUACAUCUUUGAUGGUUCAGAUGAGGGGCUCUCUCUGUCCCCUGGGGACCUAGGACCAGGGGACAUAGAUGGCUCUUCCAAGAAACUGUCCCCACCUCCUCUGCCUCCCCGCGUCUCUAUCUGGGACACCCCUCCGCUGCCUCCCAGAAAGGGGUCUCCCUCCUCCUCCAAGAUCUCCCAGCCCAAUGACGUCAACACGUUCUCUCCCGUGGAGCAACCUGCAGGAAAACUGCUAGGGCGCCGCAUCCUAGAGGAAGAGGGACUCGGGGGUGGGGGUCCGGGGCGCCUCCUGGGGCCUGUGGACUAUGACGGUAUCAACGACGCGAUCACACGGCUCAACCUAAAAUCCACCUACGAUGCGGAGAUGUUACGCGACACCACGAGGGGCUGGAAGGAGGGCCGGGGGCCCCUGGACUUCGGCGGCAAGGACACUCCUGGGAAGCCGGUGGCCCGGAGCAAGACCAUGCCCCCUCAGGUGCCACCGCGCACCUAUGCCUCCCGCUAUGCCAAUGGGAAAAAUACGACCCCGGGCAAGAACCGCCGGAUUUCCGCCGCUCCGGCGGACUCACGGCGCCAUGCUGUCGCCAAUGGCCAUGAAUUGUUCGAGGUCUCAGAGGAAAGAGAUGAGGAAGUUGCUGCAUUUUGCCACAUGCUGGAUGUCCUUCGCUCUGGCUCCGAUAUCCAAGACUACUCCCUCACCGGAUAUGUCUGGAGCGCUGUGACCCCGAGCCCAGAGCACCUCGGGGAUGAGGUCAACCUGAAGGUGACCGUGUUGUGUGAUAGCCUACAGGAGCCGCUCACUUUUACCUGCAACUGUUCUUCCACUGUAGACUUGCUCAUCCACCAGACUCUGUGCUACACCCACGAUGAACUGAGGGAUGUGGACGUGGGGAACUUUGUGCUGAAGCCCUGUGGGCUGGAGGAGUUCCUGCAGAACAAGCAUGCCCUGGGCAGCCACGAGUACAUUCAGUAUUGCCGCAAGUUCGACAUCGACAUUCGGCUACAGCUGAUGGAACAGAAAGCCGUACGCAGUGACCUGGCCCGGACGGUGAAUGAUGACCAGAGCCCCUCCACCUUGAACUACCUCGUCCAUCUGCAAGAGAGGCCAGUAAAACAGACCAUCAGCAGGCAGGCCCUGGAUCUUCUGUUUGACACAUACCACAAUGAAGUGGACGCUUUCCUGCUGGCUGAUGGGGACUUCCCACUGAAGGCCGACAGGGUGGUCCAGUCCGUCAAAGCCAUCUGCAAUGCCCUGGCCGCCGUGGAGACCCCUGAGAUCACCAGCGCCCUCAACCAGCUGCCUCCCUGCCCCUCCCGUAUGCAGCCAAAAAUUCAGAAGGAUCCCACUGUUUUGGCUGUGAGGGAAAACCGAGAGAAGGUUGUGGAAGCUCUGACGGCCGCCAUCUUGGACCUGGUAGAGCUGUACUGCAGCACAUUCGAUGCAGACUUCCAGACGGCCGUGCAUGGGAGCCGCAAGCACGACCUGGUCCAGGAGGCCUGCCAUUUCACUGGGCCCCUAGCCUUCACUGUCUAUGCCACCCACCGCAUCCCCAUCACCUGGGCUACCAGCUAUGAAGAUUUCUACCUCUCCUGCUCCCUCAGUCAUGGCGGGAAGGAACUCUGCAGCCCCUUGUACACCCGAAGGGCUCACUUUUCCAAGUACCUUUUCCACCUCAUCAUCUGGGACCAGCAGAUCUGCUUCCCAAUACAGGUGAACCGGCUGCCUCGGGAGACCCUGCUGUGUGCCACACUCUACGCUCUGCCCAUCCCCCUGCCUGGGAGCUCCUCGGAGGCCAAUAAGCAGCGACGUUUGCCAGAAGCCCUUGGCUGGGUCACUACCCCACUGUUCAACUUCAGGCAAGUCCUGACCUGUGGUCGGAAGCUUCUGGGUUUAUGGCCAGCAACACAGGAAAGCCCCAGCGCCCGUUGGAGUGCACCUAAUUUCCACCAGCCGGAUAGCGUCAUCCUGCAGAUCGACUUCCCCACCUCAGCCUUUGACAUCAAGUUCACCAGCCCCCCUGGAGACAAGUUCAGUCCUCGCUAUGUGUUUGGCAGCCUCCGGGAAGAAGACCAACGUGUGCUUAAGAACAUCAUGCGGAAGGAGUCCUUGUACUGGCUCACGGACGCUGACAAGAAGCGCCUGUGGGAGAAGCGAUACUAUUGCCAUUUGGAGGUGAGCUCCCUGCCCCUGGUGCUUGCCAGCGCCCCCAGCUGGGAGUGGGCUUGCCUGCCCGACAUCUAUGCUCUCCUGAAGCAGUGGACCCACAUGAACCACCAGGAUGCUCUGGGGCUCCUGCAUGCCACUUUCCCGGACCAGGAGGUACGUCGGAUGGCCGUCCAGUGGAUCGGCUCGCUGUCGGACGCCGAGCUCCUCGACUACUUGCCUCAGCUCGUGCAGGCCCUGAAGUACGAGUGUUACCUGGACAGCCCCUUGGUGCGCUUCCUCCUGAAACGAGCCGUCUCAGACUUGAGAGUGACGCACUACUUCUUCUGGCUCCUGAAGGACGGCCUCAAAGAUUCUCAGUUCAGCAUCCGCUACCAGUACCUGCUGGCAGCCUUGCUGUGCUGCUGUGGCAAGGGGCUGAGAGAGGAGUUUAACCGCCAGUGCUGGCUCGUCAGUACCCUGGCCAAGCUGGCGCAGCAGGUCCGAGAAGCUGCCCCUUCUGCACGCCAGGGGAUCCUCCGCACGGGCCUGGAGGAGGUGAGGCAGUUCUUUGCCCUGAUUGGCUCCUGCCGCCUGCCACUCAGCCCCAGUCUGCUGGUUAAGGGCAUCGUGCCCAGGGACUGUUCCUACUUCAACUCCAAUGCGGUCCCCCUGAAGCUGUCCUUCCAAAAUGUGGACCCACUGGGCGAGAACAUCCGUGUCAUCUUCAAGUGCGGGGACGACCUUCGCCAGGACAUGCUGACCCUGCAGAUGAUUCGCAUCAUGAGCAAGAUCUGGGUCCAGGAGGGGCUGGACAUGCGCAUGGUCAUCUUCCGCUGCUUCUCCACGGGCCGGGGCAGAGGGAUGGUGGAGAUGAUCCCCAAUGCUGAGACGCUGCGGAAAAUCCAGGUGGAGCACGGGGUGACCGGCUCCUUCAAGGACCGACCCCUGGCAGACUGGCUGCAGAAGCACAACCCUGGGGAGGACGAGUACGAGAAGGCUGUGGAGAACUUCAUCUACUCGUGCGCCGGCUGCUGCGUGGCCACGUAUGUCUUGGGCAUCUGCGACCGGCACAAUGACAAUAUCAUGCUGAAGACCACCGGCCACAUGUUCCACAUAGACUUCGGCCGCUUCCUGGGCCACGCGCAGAUGUUCGGCAACAUCAAGCGGGACCGUGCCCCCUUUGUCUUCACCUCGGAUAUGGCGUAUGUCAUCAACGGGGGUGACAAGCCUUCCAGCCGCUUCCAUGAUUUUGUUGACCUUUGCUGCCAAGCCUACAACCUCAUUCGCAAGCACACCCACCUCUUCCUCAACCUCCUGGGCCUGAUGUUGUCUUGUGGGAUCCCCGAGCUCUCAGACCUGGAGGACCUCAAGUACGUGUAUGAUGCUCUGAGACCUCAGGACACAGAAGCCAACGCUACCACCUACUUCACCAGGUUGAUUGAAUGCAGCCUGGGUAGUGUAGCCACAAAGCUCAAUUUUUUCAUCCAUAACCUGGCUCAGAUGAAGUUCACGGGCUCAGAUGACCGGCUGACCCUUUCCUUCGCCCCCCGAACACACACGCUCAAGAGCUCUGGCCGCAUCAGUGAUGUUUUUCUCUGCCGCCAUGAGAAGAUUUUCCACCCCAACAAGGGCUACGUUUAUGUGGUAAAGGUGAUGCGAGAGAACGCCCACGAGGCCACUUACAUCCAACGGACGUUUGAGGAGUUCCAGGAAUUACACAAUAAGCUACGGCUGCUCUUCCCUUCUUCCCAGCUGCCCAGCUUCCCUAGUCGCUUCGUGAUUGGCCGCUCGCGGGGAGAGGCGGUGGCGGAGCGGCGGAGGGAGGAGUUAAACCGCUACAUCAGGCACUUGACCCAUGAAGCCCCCGAGGUGGCCGAGUGUGAUUUGGUGUACACCUUCUUUCACCCCCUGCCCCGAGAUGAGAAGGCUGCGGGCACCAGCCCAGCUCCCAAGUCCUCAGAUGGCUCAUGGGCCCGGCCUGUCGGGAAGGUGGGCGGGGAGGUGAAGCUGUCCAUCUCCUACAAAAACAAUAAACUCUUCAUUAUGGUGAUGCAUAUUCGGGGCUUGCAACUGCUGCAGGACGGGAGUGACCCGGACCCCUAUGUGAAGAUUUACCUCCUCCCUGACCCUCAGAAAACCACUAAGAAGAAAACCAAAGUGGCCCGGAAAACCUGCAACCCUACCUACAAUGAGAUGCUGGUGUACGAUGGGAUCCCCAAGGGAGACCUGCAGCAGCGGGAGCUACAGCUGAGUGUGCUGAGUGAGCAAGGAUUCUGGGAGAACGUUCUCCUCGGGGAGGUGCACAUCCGUCUGCGAGAGCUGGACCUGGCCCAGGAGAAGACUGGCUGGUUUGCACUGGGGUCUCGAAGUCACGAGACCUUGUGAGCCCAGCAGAGCCCUCCCUCCUCCCUUUCUCCCCUCCCAGGACCCUAGGCUGCUGGGGGAGCUAAGGGAGAGGACUCUUCCCCAGCUUCAGGUGUCCUUUCCUUGCCAAGGGGCAGCGCCCUUGGCAGGCCUCCUCUCUGUCCAGGCGGAUGGGGCCUCCGUGACAGAAGGGAGGGAGAGUAAGAUGCUCUCUGCUGUCCCCUCCUCCGCCAAGUGAACUUGGGUUGGUCGUGAUGAGCAGCCCCUUGGAGGCUGUGAGGUGGAGCAAAGUUUUAAGUUUACCUUGUGUCAAGGGAGCAAUGCCUGGUUUGGGGUGAGUGGGGGUGGUGGUGUAUGAAGUAGCAUUUGGGGGGAGGGGGGAUGGAUUAUCUUUAUUUUAUUUUUAAAAAAUGAAAUAGUAAUGUUGUCCUGACUGGACAGGAAGCCUCGUGAGAAGGGACUUCACAUAUGCCUCGGAAGGCAAGAGUGGCAGACUAUUUGGACUUUUUGUAUGAUUAAGGUUCUUAUUGGACUUUUUCUUAGGUUUCUGUUUCGUUCACUUGUCUGUUCUUCGUUUUUGCUUUUCUGUCUGUUAGGACUUACUUGGGGAGGGGCCCAGUGGGUCCGAGGUUAGAGCCCUCCCUCUCAGAGGGCAGGUCGGGGAGGGGUAGGGAGGGCGGGUGUGCUGGACUGAGGCCUGCGAGGGGCCUUUCUGAUUUUGCCUCCAAAGGAGAGCGCUGUGAUACCUACGUGUGGAAGGAAGGGCCUUCCGAAUGGGCCUCUGCAUCGGGCCUGUAUUCAGGGACCUGGGCUCUCUCGGGGAGUUUUUCCUCUCAUCUUCCCCUACUUUGCUAGGAUUUACCCUGGAUACUGUCUUCUAUCCCCUGCAUUCUCACAGUCCCCCCGGGGACCGUCUUGUCCCUGUGCAUAUGCUGGGUGGGUGGGGGGGGUGUCCUUCAUAGGCCUCUCUCCCUUCUUUUCUCUCUAGUUGGAUAAAGUGCUGCCUCUGCUCUCAGAUUUGCUUCCACCCAAGGGCGUCCUGGCCCUGGGCAGGGGCCUCUCGGGGCAGAUAUGGGCCAGGGCGGAGCCGGUGAAGGGGGUGGAAUCCAUCACCCGCCACACCUCUGUUUUUUGAGUGCUGCUUUCCCCAAACUCCAUUUCUGUCUUUUUUUUUUUUUUUAAUAGGAAUUUCCCUCAUUCUGUGGGGCCAUAAACCUAUUUAGUCUGGAGCCCAAGGGAUGCCUAAGUAGAGGAGAGGAGCCUGGGGUGGGGGAUUCCAGUGAUGUUCUUUGGUUGUGAGGAGCCUGGAGUGAGGCUGUGGUUGAUCCCCUGGAGCUGCUCUGGGAGGGAGAGACAAGGCUGUUAGACUCUUCAUCCUCUCCCGGAUGGAUCUGAGUCACUCCUGCUCUUUACUGCAGACAUUGUACUCCUUGGAAAAAGAGGAAGAGACUUCGAAUUUGAUAGGAACUUUUAAAACCAGACUUGGCUGCAUGUACCCCACAAUGGGGGUAUGGAGGUAAUCAGGCAUACCCUCAACCGUCCCUCCCCAGCUUCCUUGUCAGCUCCAAGGAUCAGAAAUUCCCCCGUUGCUGACUCAUUCCAUAGCUGGAGAAAGAAGCUCCAUUCACAGAAGCCACAGGGUAGCAAGGAAAUCUAAACUUUUCUUUUUAGGUUCAAACUGUCAAGGAUCAGGUUGCCACUGUCGGGAAGGGGAUGGGGGAAGUCGGGACAGGAGUGGUACUUCUCCAGAUGAACGGACCAUAGUUGUGUUACUGGCUCUUUGCCCGUAGCUCAUUUUAUUUUGACCUUCUGUGCCCCUGACUUACAGAGAUCUGUGUACUGUACCCACUUCCCAGAUGUCCUUGUAUCUGCUACUUUCUCUGGAAUUGUAUUUUCUAAUAAAUGACAUUUGAGAAAAACAAAA